UAAAAAAAUCUUUCUCUCUCUCUCUAGUUCUGGUUCACAAGCAACUUGCAAGCAAACAAACAAACAAACAUGGCGAACGAAGAGGAUGAGAAGAACCUGAUCGAAAUCUUAGAAGAGAACGUUUCAAUCGACAUAGCAAAAUACAUCAACUACGUCCAAUCUCCAAGUUGCGGCGCCAUAGCUACUUUCUCCGGAACAACCCGCGACACCUUCGAUGGCAACCAAGUCUUAGAGCUCAGAUACGAAGCUUACUUGCCAAUGGCGAUUCGCUGCACCAAAUCCAUCUGUUCAUCGGCUCGUUCCUCUUGGAAUCUCCACUCCAUCGCCGUCGCUCACCGCCUCGGCCCCGUUCCAGUCGGCCACACCAGUGUCUUCAUCGCCGUCUCGGCUGUUCAUCGUGCUGAAGCUUUGGAUGCUUGUAAAUUUCUGAUUGAUGAGAUCAAGGCUUCGGUUCCGAUUUGGAAGAAGGAGGUUUAUGUUAAUGGAGAGGUUUGGAAAGAGAAUUCUGAGUUUUUGGAGAGGAGGAUUGACAUUGUUAAGGGUAAUGGUGUUUGUAGUGAGAGGAAGAAGGGUUGCUGUGCUGUGAAGGUGAAGGUGGAGAGUGGAGCUCCUGAUUCUUGUGACAAUUGAGGGCUUGGAGAAUGGAAUUGGGUAAGGGAACUUUGUUGAAAUUGUGUUUUCAAAACCCUAGUUUUUGAAACAACAUAACCACUUGAUUAGAAUGCUAUGAAAUGUGGUGUAUCACUGUACUGUAAGAGUGACUAAUGUUGACUGAAUUGAUUGCUGAGCUCUUUUGUAAA